AUGGCAGAUGCACUCAAAGCUAGGCUCGAAAAACUAGCUGAACUACGAAAAUUAAAAGAUGAGGCAAUUCAAGAAAAUCGUAAAGAGCUUUACGCUGAACAUCAACGCUCAAAAACAAAUCCUAGAGAAGAGACAAAACGAGAACGAAAACGAAAUGAAGCUGAAAAAUUAUUAGCACGACAAGAAGCCGAAAAAAAAGGUGAAGAUUGGCAACGAAAAAAUUUCUGGGACAUUUCAAUAGAGGACGCGGAGAAAUGGGAGGAAAAGCAAGAGAAAAAAGCUAGCCGUGCAAACACUGGGUUCACCGACUAUAAUCAAGUAGCACAAAAGAAAUAUGAGCGACUCAUUAAUGAGUUCAAACCGAAUUUAACUGCUUAUAAGGAACAGAAAGCUGCGGCUUUGGCGUCUGCUUCGUUAGUCACCACCGAAGAUGGGAAAAACGUUGCGUCAGUUGACGUGGAAGGUAACUUCUUUCGUGACGCGAAUUCUCUCUCAUAUGCCACGGUGGAUCAGACGCCAAGUCGUGAAGCAGUUGACCGGGUUGUUCAGGACGUACAUAAACAAAUUAUCCAACGUGAGAAUUAUUCUCGGAAACGUGCUGCAAGGGAUGAUGACGAUAUUACUUAUAUUAACGAACGUAAUAGGCGAUUCAAUGAAAAGAUUUCACGAUUUUAUGAUGCAUAUACAAGAGAAAUCAGAGAAAAUUUCGAACGUGGCACCGCUUUAUGA